AACGUGACGGCAGCAACGCUGAACUCAACGCAGGGCAUAAGCACAACCGAAUACUUAGUCAUAGUAGGCAACAUCCUGGUCUGCUGCAUGGCACUGUUCAACAACUGUCUCCUUCUGGUCACCCUGUCCACCAACCGCAGCCUGUGGUCUUACACCAACGCCUACAUCGCCAGUCUCGCGGUCGCGGACUUGCUCCUGGGGCUAAUGCUCUUCAUCCGCAACUUCUGGCUCUUCCCCAGCACGGAGUGGGUCUUUGAGAACCUCGUGAUCGCCUGCGUGCCCGUCACGUGCCUGGUUUACAUCAGCGCGAUGGAGUCGCUCGCAUGCCUCGUCCUCAUGUCUGCCGACAGGUAUCUCUACAUCGUUCAUCCGUUCUGGUAUGAGUUAAAGAUCACCCCCAGAGUCACACGCGUCCUCAUUGCGCUGUCCUGGUGCAUUUCGAUAUCUCUCGGGAUAUUACCCAUGUGGUUCCACAACUUUACGCCAAAACUCGGGUGCCAGCCCAUGUUAAUAAUAUCAAAAUCCUACCUCUUGGGAUGCCUUUGUGUUUACUUUUUGUCGCCUCCGUCGCGAUAGCGUUCAUGUACGGCCGCGUUUUCUGUGUUUGGAAACAACAGCGGAGGAGGAUUGACAACUUGGCAGCGCAGGUGGCGCGCACCAGAAGAGAGUCGUCUCGGUGGCAGGUCAUCCGGUUUCUGUUGUUAGUUUGCGGGCUGUUUUUCCUCUGCUGGUUGCCGUUGCUGGUGUCUGUUAUUUUCUACUUCACGCUGGGAAUCAAUGAGAAUGUCAUUAGCAUAACCGUUAGCAUAGCUGCUUUCUAUUCCUGUCUCAACCUCUACGUGUACAUGGCAAUGAGCAAGAAUUUCAAGACAGCUGUGCUUCGGAUAGUUUGC